AUGAAAUCUGUUUUCCAAUUCUCAACCGCAAUCGUAGGUAUGGCAAUUGCCUUGGCUUCUGUCACAUCUGCCACACCAGUCAAACGUUCAGGUAUCACAUGUACAAAGACGUACGGAGGUGGUGAUUUACGCAUCACAAACUUGCACGGAGGAAAAGGAUCACAAGCAGGUGAUCCAAAUGACCCAAUCACCGAAACGACUGAUGGAAACAAUUACCUUACAACCAAUCCAGAUGUAGUGGACAGCUCCCCAAGCAGAUUCCAAUUUGAUACUUGUCAAACUGAUGGCUGGAAUGUUGAUGGUCAAUUAUUUGGUCAAUUGAAGAUCACGGAUGUUUCAAACACAAAAUGUGUUACUGCAAUCCCUUCAGACGAUAAUUGGUCUUUGUUGCAAAUCCAAGAUUGUGAAUCAUACAAUGGCGGCAAUUUGUACAAUCAAUGGUUCAAAGCUUCUCCCGGUUAUGAUUCAGAUUUAGGUGCAUAUAUUGAACUUGAAUUAACGGGAAACCCAAACGAUUACCAAUACACCAAUGAUAAGCCCAUUGCUGUUUCGCAAAACGUUUCACAAGGCAAUGAUUUGGUCUUUGUUCAUCCGCUCGAUACGCCCGUGCCUGUCAAUUUGGCAUUGUUCGGCUACUCUGAGGCAUGA